AUGUAGGUUGGCAUAAUGGCUGAGCAGGCGCCAGAUGAGUUCAUCUGGUGCGAGGACUGUGGCCAGUACCAUGACUCUGAGUGUCCCGAGCUGGGACCGCUCGUGACCGUCCAGGACUCCUUUGUCCUCAGCCGGGCCCGGUCGUCUUUGCCAAACAGCCUGGAGAUCAGACAGGUGGCUGACGGGCAAGAGGGGGUGUUUGUGAUGCGCAGACUAGUCAAAAGGACCCGCUUCGGGCCCUUUGAGGCCAAGAGGGUCCCCCACCUGGAGAAGGAGGAAGCGUUCACUCUCAAGAUCUUCCAGAACAACGGCGUGGUGGUGUGUUUCGAUUCCAGCAGUGAAGAGGACUGCAACUGGAUGAUGCUGGUGCGGCCUGCCGCCGACCACACACACCAGAAUCUGACUGCUUACCAGCAGGACGAUGACGUGUACUUCAACACCUCCCAGGAUGUGUUCCCAGGCACGGAGCUGAGGGUCUGGUACGGAGCUUUCUAUGCCAAGAAGAUGGAGAAGCCCAUGCUUAAGCCCCCACUUCAACCAGCACACCCCCCGGAAAUGCCAAAGAUCUUAGAGACAACUGGAGCCCACAUGUCCCCAGUGGAAGAAAACAACGCCGCAGGUAACAUGCUGAGUCACCUGGAUGAGGCGACGACGCUUCCGGCCGACCCGCUCCUGCCACUAGAGGACGAGAGCCUCGUUGGGCCCAACGAGGAGGAGAUGGGCGACCCCCCUGCAGCUCAACCACCACCCAGGAGAGGGCACGGCCGAGGGAGGAGGGCUAAGGGACGCAGGUCCGGAGCUACAUCAAGCAAAAGCAAAGAUGUGAAGCCCUCGGGGGCGAGCUCGAGGACGGCAGCAGAGAGCAGCGGCCUGAGCCCCUCAGACGGCGGGGCCGUCCCGAAGAGACACAAAGCCAGAGAGCACAAGAGGGUGUACCGCUGCUCCCUCUGCAACAAGGUCUUCCAGAACUCCAGCAACCUCAACCGACACAUCCGGUCUCACGGCGAUAAGUUGUUCAAAUGCGACGAAUGCGACAAGUUGUUCAGCCGCAAGGAGAGUCUGAAGCAGCACAUCUCUUACAAGCACAGCAAGAAUCUGCCUGACCAGGAUUACAAAUAUAAAUGCAAAACGUGCGAGAAAUCCUUCCGCCUGGAAAAUGCUUUAAAGUUCCACAACUGUCGAACGGACGACAAGACGUUCCAGUGCGACAUCUGUUCGCGCUUCUUCUCCACCAACAGUAACCUCUCCAAGCACAAGAAGAAGCACGGCGAGAAGCUCUACUCCUGCGAAAUCUGCAACAAGAUGUUCUACCGCAAAGACGUGAUGCAGGAGCACCACAGGAGGCACGGCGUGGGACCAAAGCACAUGAAGAGAGAGGAGCUGGAGGCCAAUGGAGAGGAAGGGACCAGGUACAGGAAGGAGCCGUCACCCUGUCCCAUCUGUGGCAAGGUGUUCUCUUGCAGGAGCAACAUGAACAAGCACCUGUUGACUCACGGUGAUAAGAAGUACACCUGUGAGAUCUGCGCUCGCAAGUUCUUCCGCGUGGACGUCCUUCGGGAUCACAUCCACGUUCACUUCAAGGACAUAGCCUUAAUGGACGAGCAGGAGAGAGAGGGCUUCAUCAAGAAGAUCGGCAUUUCGGCUGGCGACAGUGGCGAGACGGACGAGGACGAGGAGGAGGAGGAUGAAGACGGUUCCGACCACAAGUACAACUGCAAGAAAUGCCAACUGUCGUUUGCAAAAGGCAAAGAGUAUCUGAGGCACAUCCUGGAGCAGCACAAGGAGAGAGGCUACGGAUGUGGGAUCUGCAACCGGCGUUUUGCGCUGAAGGCCACGUACAACGCUCAUCUGGUCAUCCACAGGGAGCAGCUGCCCGACCCUGCAGUGCAGAAGUACAUCCAUCCGUGUGAAAUCUGUGGUCGGAUAUUCAAUAGCAUUGGUAACCUGGAGAGGCACAAGAUCAUUCACACUGGGGUGAAGAGCCACGGCUGCGAUAGGUGUGGCAAAUCAUUUGCAAGGAAGGACAUGCUGAAAGAGCACCUUCGGGUUCACGAUGACAUCCGGGACUUCCUUUGUGCAGAGUGCGGGAAAGGCAUGAAGACCAAGCACGCUCUGAGGCACCACAUGAAGCUUCACAAGGGCAUCAAGGAGUACGAGUGUAAGGAGUGCAAUCGCAAGUUUGCCCAAAAGGUCAACAUGUUGAAACACUACAAAAGACACACAGGUAUAAAGGACUUCAUGUGCGAGCUGUGUGGAAAAACAUUCAGCGAGAGGACGACUCUGGAGACACACAAGCUCAUCCACACAGUGGGUAAGACAUGGACGUGUGCCACGUGCGACAAGAAGUACCUGACCGAGUACAUGCUGCAGAAGCACGUCCACCUCACACACGAGAAGGUGGAGGCUCAGUCGUGUCAACUCUGUGGCACCAAGGUGUCCACUCGGGCCUCCAUGAACCGCCACCUGCGGCGCAAGCACCCGGAGGUGGGGUCUGCGAGAUUGGAUGAGUUUGAUGAUCUUCAGGAAGCAUCGGAAAUCAACGAUUCGUCCAUCAGCAUUGUGCAGCCCACUAUGACACUGGAAAAGGAAGGCAUGCCCCAGGAGCGGCUCGGACGACCUUUCCGGCACGCCAAGAAGAGGCACAGAGUUCCGUCUGAGCCGGAGCUCUCAGAGUCCGACGAAUACGCGGAUUUCGCCGAGACGAGGCACGAGCCGAUUGAGUUCAGCGCCGUCAUUGUGGGCGACGAGACUGAGACCAGCUCCGCAGUGCAGAGUAUCCAACAGGUGGUGGUGCUUGCCGACUCCAGCGCUCCAUCAGCCCCUUUACCCAACAGCUCGGUGGGUAUGAGCAACAUCAUCGGCAGCCACGCCCCCGCCCAGUUCACCAGCCUGCAGCCCGUUGCCGUCGGCCACCUGGCGGCCACCGACCGGCCCCUCAGUCUGGACAACUCCAUCCUCACCGUCACCUUUGACACCGUCAGCGGCUCUGCCAUGCUGCACAACCGGCCCGCCGAACUCGUCCCAGAGACGGUGGGCCCCGGCGGGGGGGCGGCUCCGCAGUCGGUCGCCCACUUCAUCAACGUCACCACUCUGGUCAACCCCAUGGACCACCAGCUGGAGGCCCCGACUUUGGCCUGGAGGCCCGUGCCGGCGGCCGAAGGCGGCCAGGUCGCCCCCUUGGCGGAGGGAGGACAGGGCGGCGGUCAGGAGGCCCGGGGCCCGGAGCCAGGAAGGCCCGUCCAAAGCCAGCCGGGCCCUGCCCAGCAGCAGAGCGGCUCCGCACAGCAGAUGUUCGGCUACUAGUGCCGAGACUGGAGGUGCCGGUCGCCUCAUCUCACAGACGUUGUAAUAUAGUAGAAUAGAUUUGAUCGAUGUCACCCGGAUGCCUCUCCAGCCCUAAGAAAGUGUAAUGAUUUGUAUACUGACGUAACACAGUUGCUGUAAAUAACUAACGUAAUAUUUAAACAAAAAAAGGAACGAAAUGGCACAUUUAUUCUAUUCACUAACCCUCCUCUGAAAUAUUCACAAACCAAAGCAGCAUGUUGAAUAUUCAAAUGCCUUACCAGCCUUUUUAAAACAUGCAUGUUUUAAAGAUUAAUCUGCUGCUGAAAGAAUGAAAAUGAUCCAAUCUAAAUGACACAUUCUGUGCUGUAAACUGUAUUUCCUGAUGAGCUGAAAGAGUUUUGUACUGUUAUUUUUCAAACAAAAUACCUCUUUGAAAUUGAUUUUUUUUUGCCUUCCUAUUCAUUUAGUUUGAAUGAGAAUCAGCUUUAUUGGCUCCAUACAUGGAAUUUCACUUCAGUGAUAUACGUAUAUGUGUGUAUGUAUAUAUCUCUAUAUAGAUACUCAUUGGCCCCUUUAUGAGGUAAAGCUUGCUAGUAAAAGGUUGGACUGUCUUUUGCCCCAAUUCUUCUUUGUGGUUACUUUCAACACAGUGUUGAAAACAUUCCUCAGAGGUCUUGGUCCAUAUUGACAUGAUAGCAUCAGGCAGUUGCUGCAGAUUUGUCGGCUGCACAUCUAUGAUGAGAAUCUCGUUCCACCACAUCCCCAAGGUGCUCGAUUGGAUUGAGAUGUGGAGACUGGAGGCCAUUGGAGUACAGCGAACUCAUCCUCAUCAAUGAGGACUAAGAUCUCCUGAAAAUGUUUCCAACACCUUGUUGAAAAUAACCACCAAGAAUUAAGGCAGUGCUGGAAGCAAAAGGGGUCCAACCUUUGACCAGCCACGUGUGCUUCAUAAAAAUGGCUGUGAGUUUACAUGACCAUCUGUCCUAUAUCAGCUCUGUCCAGUUUUUCUUCCAGCCAGCAGCUGACUGCUUCCCAACACAGUGUGUGUGUGUGUGUGUGUGUGUGUGUGUGUGUGUGUGUGUGUGUGUGUGUGUGUGUGUGUGUGUGUGUGUGCGCACGCGCGCGCGCAUAUUCUCCAGAGAUUGUGAAAGUGUUCCAUCAAGAGUGAACCAACAUAAACAAUCAGUCAAAUUUCCCAAAGUUCUCCAUGUGACAAAUAUUUUAACGUAAGCCAAUUUAUCUGCAAAUUAAAAAAUUCUAAUUGGUCACCUUUUUGUAUUUUGCAUAGAAAUAAAAUUCAUUGUUGAACUAAAGCUCUUUCUUUGCUUUUAAACCUGUGGACAAACUGUAAAUAUCCUUCAA